AUGUUCCAAGGAUAUUACAAUGGAUCCAGCACGCGCAAGCACCCUUGUGACAUUGAAGAUAUCAUUCAAAGAGCGCACUUGUUCAAUGUUGACAAGAUGCUAAUCACCGCGUCAACUAUUAAAGAAAGCAGAGACCAUUUCGAAUUGUGCGAAAAAUACGCGAAUCAGUUUGAUUCUACUGCUGGCGUUCACCCUUGCUCUGUUGCAAGUGAGUUUUACCAAAAGAAAAAUAACAACGGGGAGGAAAAGGAGGUGGAGUAUACCAAUGAGUUGCGCGAGGAUGUGGAUCAAAAAUUGGAGGAGUUGAGGCGGAUUGUGAUUGAAGGGUACAACUUGGGACACGUCAAGGCCUUUGGUGAAAUUGGGUUGGACUAUGAUAGAUUGCAUUACUCGACAAGGGAGCAGCAGAUUGAGAUGUUCCGCAAGCAGUUGGAUUUGCUCAAGAAGCUCCCGUUCAAGCUUCCCUUGUUUUUGCACAUGAGAGCCGCCUGCGACGACUUUGUCAACAUCUUGAAACCAUACAUAGAAAGCGGGGUGGUACCGAAAGGAAAUGGGGUGGUCCAUUCCUUCACGGGCGACGAAGACGAGUUGCAAAAGAUCUUGGACUUGGGGUUCUUUGUCGGUGUGAAUGGAUGCUCGUUGAAAACAGAGGAGAAUGUCAAAGUGGCGGCAAAGAUACCCGUGGAUAGGCUUAUGAUUGAAACUGAUGCCCCCUGGUGCGAAGUGCGGAAAAGCCAUGCUAGCUACAAGUAUAUUACUCCGUAUCCGAACAAAUUUUACCCCAAGAUUGAAGUGGUAGCUGGCUCCUUGAGCCUGGGGAAUGAGGCGAAACCAGCAUUCAAGUUGGAUGAGAAUUUGCCAUUUCCUUCAAUCAAGAAGGAGGCAUAUGAAAAGCACGCAAAUUUUGUGCAACUGAAUAUCGACGCGGGCCAAGAAGGAUCGACAAAUGCUGCCAUUGGAAUAUACAGCAAGCCCAUGAUCAAAUCUCGAAACGAGCCCGUUGAAGUUGGCUUGAUUGCAAAAAUUCUUUGCAAAAUACAUGGGAUAGAUGAGGACGACAAGAUAGAGAAGUUUAUAGACCAAAUUUUUGCAAAUUCAUGCAACCUUUUCAAAUGA